AUGGCCAAGAAACGACUUGAAGAGUUUGGUAAGUUUCUUGACAUGGCCCAACCGAGGUUAGUGGAACAAGUUUCAUGCAGGACUUUGAUGAUCCUGAAUGAUGCGGCGUUUGAAACGGAUUCAGGAACUGGAGGCCUGGGGGGCGUCCUUCUCACCGGGUCAGGCUCGGCACUCUCUUUCUUCAGCGUGCCGAUCUCAGAGCAGCAAGCCAAGUCUAUGUCGUUGCAAGAUGAGCAUACCAUCAUAUAUGAGCUCGAAAUGUUCGGGGUCUUGAUCGGUUUCAAGCUCUUGGUCGAAAAGACAGCUGCUUUCGCAGAAUCAUACGAACAGCCAGGUGCUGUUGCUGGAACUGGAGUGAUUUUUUAUAUCGAUAAUGAUGCUGCGAGACAUGCAUACAUCGCCGGCUCUUCGAAGAAAGGGGUUGCUGGGAUUCUUAUCGAUGAAGUCAAUUUCCUGGAGUAUGUCCACGGCAUCUUGCCGUGGUAUGCGAGAGUGGCAUCACCCGCCAAUCUGGCUGAUGAAACAUCGAGGAUGAAACUUGAUAGAGUCAAGAGGCUAGGAUUCAGAGACGAGUCCGUCGAGGCGACCAAAGCGGUGUUAUCAAUUGUUGGGCCCAAGGAAAAGUCCAGGAUCGUGCUGGAUAACUCAGUGACCGUCACGGCCCAGCCAGACAAGCUCAUUGCAGAGCACAGCACGCCGCUUGAGCUGCAGUGGUGCAUGCAGCGACGUGGCCUGGCCUUCGGCAUGAAUCGCAUCAUCUCCUGGGAGACUCAUGAGAAAUGGGUUUGCUACUUGUUGCAGUGCUUGACUUCUGACUCCAUCCCAGGAUACAGUCCUGUCACAGUCGCCCAGGUCGUUAAAGCUGAUUCUGAGAUGUUCCUGUUGAUGUCCAAGGAGAUCAAGAACGUCAAGGCAAGCGCAACAGGCGAGAUGGAGGCUGACACUCUGUUGGAUCGCUUGAGAACGGACCCACGGAUCACUAUGCAUUUGCUCCCGUUGCCCAAAGCCCUCAGCAGCCUUGCGACUGAUUCGGUCAUCGACGGAUCUCUUGAUGGGGACAAGAACCCCAAGAAAAGGCCGCGCCGCGAGCGCCGCACAUCCGCGCUCACGGGGGCGGUGAAGGUGGACAACAUGCCCAAAGAGCUCAAGGACUGCAAGUUCUACACCGAUCAGUCAGGCCGCCGACUUUGCUGGACUCACAACACUGGGACUUGCAAUGCUGCGACAGAUGGAGGACACCCGCCAGCAUGCAAGCGCGGAGUGCACGCCUGCAUGGGAUGCCGGAAAGCUGGCCACGGAUGGUCAGCCUGCUGCUUUAACAAAGCCAAUGGCAAAGGCAAAGGCGGGAAAGGGGGAGGAAAAGGAUCCGGGAAGGCUGACGGGAAGACCGACAAAGACUCCGAAGUGCGUGAAGAGCCGGCUUUGCAGCAUCGUGAUUCUUCCGUGUGCUCGGCCCGAGCCUUCGCUGCCGAUCCUGCUCAUGCCCAUUUCGAGCCGAACCGUUCGAGAUUUUCCUUUGCUCCGCACCGUGUGUCAGAUUUCGGCCAACACCCGGCUGAAGAGUUCGCAAGAAACUGUCUUCAGCAAGGCUCAGGCGACUCUUCAUCAUGGGUGGAACUCGCGGAGCUCUUGCCCGACGAAGAAUCCACCCGUGAAACAGCAAAUGACCCACUUGAGAAGUGUUUCAUCACAGGUGCCUACAACCAAGGCGGAAUCACCGGCGUGCGACGUCGCUGCCGAGAGUUCCCAGCCUGCACCCGUCUUCUGGUUGCCCUAGCUAGGAUUGCCUUCCCCGGUUUUAAGUUUACAUCAGUUGGCCUUUUCCGCAACAUGCAGACUGCUCUGCACAAAGACGCCAACAACUUGCCGGGAUCUCGCAACGGGAUCUGCGCCCUCAGUUCCUUCGAAGGAGGUCAGUUGCGUCUUCACCGCGCCGACGGGCCAGUGAACUUGUCACUCAGUGAAGGACCACUUCAGUUUGACCCCUUUCUUGAGCACGAGACACUGCCAUGGGCUAAUGGUUUAAGGAUAGUUUUGGUUGCCUUUUCGGUGAACCGCCUCGAGCGCCUUACGCCGGAACACCGGGCAGUGCUGACUGCAUUCGACAUUCCUCUGCCGCUUUCUAAGGACCAGCUUGAGCCAGUUUCGCAGUGCCCUCAGGACGAUGGAGAGGCCGGCAUGUUCCUUGAAUUGUUCGCCGGCACAGCCCGCUUGAGUCAGACAUUCACGCGCUUGGGUUUCCAAGCUCUGGCUUUCGAUAAGGUCUGCAGGUCCAGCCAUCCCGUUCAAGCACUCGAUUUCGCUGAUCGGUCGGAGUGUGAGGUCGUGCUGCAAUUGAUCCAGGACCAUGCCUCUUCAUUGCAGUAUGUGCACAUGGCACCGCCUCAGGAAACUUGCUUGGCUGCCCGGAACAAGGAAUCUGCAAAUAACCUGGCCCCUCCGGCCCGGUCUCCCGCGCAGAUACUCGAGGCUCAGAUCGAUGAACGAACCAAGCUCCUUGUAGAUAACCUUUUGACUGGACGCGCAGCCCGCGAGGAUCUGGGAAAAUCGCGACUGGCCGAGUGGAACGAGAUCGCUAAGGAACUCGAGCCCGUAGAGGAACAAGCUCGGAAAUCAUUGGAUCCUUUGGUGAGCAAGAUCAUCGAUGGGAAGAGAACCUUCCUACUCGAGCGGUUGCUCGCCGACUCGUCCUUUCCAGACCAGUCCUUAGUCCCCGACCUUAGGUUCGGCAUCAUCCAAGGUGCCAAGACUAGAGUGAUAGACGACGGAAAGGCAGCCGGAAUCAAUCAGACCGUUGGAUUGCCUGAACGUUUUAGGCUACACAACAUUGAUUUCAUCUCAGCCUUCCUGGUCUGGGCCAUGAUGGACCCACGGGCUAAAGGGAAGCAGGUAUCGGGGAAAACUAUUGAUUUAAAGUGGGCGUACAAACAGUAUGCUGUCGAUCCCUCAGAUCGAGAAAUCUUCAGAAUCCUUGUGCUUGACACUUGCUCGAGGAAACCCAAAUUCUUCGGAGCGGCAGCGCUCCCCUUCGGGACGACGGGAUCCGUGGCAGGUUUUCUGAGAACGUCUGCGGCCACGUGGCACAUCGGCUCCGCCCUGCUGGGCCUUUCUUGGUGCAAUUAUUUUGACGACUUUCCUCUUUUCAGUUUGGACGAGCAUUGCCCUUGUGCCGAAUCAUGUGCGGAGGCCCUGCUUGACAUCCUCGGAAUAACUUUCGCAAGGGAAGGUAAGAAAGCCACCGAAUUCUCCAAGCAAUGUCGGGCCCUUGGCCUGAUCAUAGAUCUGAGUGAAUUCGGAAAUGGAGUCGUGUACAUCAAGCACACGCCAGAGCGCAUUCAAGAAUUGAGGCAGACCCUCACACGCAUUCUUGAUUCCGGCUUGCUUGAGUCGUCAGAGGCUGAAGCCCUUCGAGGCAGACUCCACUGGUUCAGCUCUUUCCUUUUCGGCCGCCGGCCCUGCCAAGCCUUGAGAGUCUUAGGUCUUAGGGCUAAAGGUUUAGAUAGGGGUAGGAAGCUGAGCAGUGACCUUCGUGACGCUCUCACGUACCUGCGUGAUCGAGCUCUGGAGUCGCCACCUGUGCAGCUCACUCCUGACAUCAAAGAACCUUUUACGUUUUUACUGACGGAAGCCUCGAAGGAGAUGUAG